GGAUCCUCGUGUGCGACAGGGAUGCCGAUGGAGACGGCAGCCGCGAUCUCGUGUCUCCUCAUGGGGAACGUGUUGGAGCGUUUCCCUCGCUUGAAGUUCUGCUUCGCCCACGGCGGGGGGAGUUUCCCGUGGACUCUGGGCAGGAUCCAGCACGGCUACGACGUCCGACCGGAUCUCUGCGCCACCCGUUGCCAGAAGCCUCCGAAGGAUUUCGUCGGUCGGUUCUUCACGGAUUCUCUCGUCCACGAUCCGCUCGCCUUGCAAUUCCUCGUUCGAGUGAUCGGAGAGGAUCGGGUGAUAUUGGGCACUGACUAUCCUUUCCCUCUCGGGGAACUGGAACCGGGUCGACUCAUCCAAUCCAUGGACUGGGCUCCACCACUCAAGGAGAAGUUGUUAUGGGAGAAUGGACUGGAAUUCCUGGGACUGGAUUCUUCUCUAUUCAAGUAG